AUGGCCGAACUAGAGCGACUCGGUAAGAAGAUUGAAGCUGUUAAUGAAAAAGUCAAAAACAUCAGUGAAGCAAUAGAAAGCAUGGAAAAUUACAGCUACCAAUAUAAUAUAAAACUUGUUGGAUUCCCUGAACUCUACGAACAUGAAUCGGCGAAUGACACCUCGAAACUAUGCCUCGAAAUCUUUAAAGCCAUCGGCGCAAGUGAAUUGACUGGUCAAGAUAUUGAUAUCGCUCACCGUGUCCAAUCAAGAAGUGAUAUUGGUCCCAAACCAAUUAUCUGUAAAUUCGUUCGAAGAUUGGCGAAGGAAAAUGUUAUGACGGCCACAGACGAGAAGUGGAAAGUAUUUCUCCCUCUACUCUGGGGUACAGUUCGGAAACUUCUUUGGAGCAAGCCAAGAUUUAUGAUCACUUAA